GAGUGGAGCCCCGCCGCCUCCAUCAAGAUCCCCAUCAAUUCUCAGAAGGACAAACUGCUGUGGGUCCUGAUACUGGUCUCCUUGAUUCCACUGCUGACUGCCAUCUGUGCUCUGGUUGUAAGGAGGAAUUCGGUGAAGCAGUGCCUCCUCCCUCCCGUUCCUGGUCCAAAGAUCAUCGGAGUCGACCCUAAACUUCUCAAGAGUGGGAGGUCUGAGGAUGUGGUCAGCGCGCUGUUUGGGAACCAGAAGCUGGUGAACAUGAAGGCGAGGACGGAGGAGAUCGAGGAGUUCAUCAGCGUGUCGGAGAGCCGGGGCUGGCUGCUGUCUGAUGACUUCCUGUCGGAGAAGGUGAGGAGCCUGAUCAUCCCCAACGGCUUCCUCUUCACCUCCAAGAGCCAGGAUGUGGAAAAGGCCGAAGACGGCAGGGAGGAUCCGCUCUUCGACACCAGAUCGUCUCGGUCGGGGGACAGCGGGACCGCCGUGGAGCCGCUACUGCUCCCGCCUGAGCCUCAAAGUGUGAACCCGGUGAGCAAAGACGCCGCCUGCAGGAGCGCCAUGCAGUGCCCCCCUCCCACCAGCUACGUGGACAUCCCCACACCCGAGGACGGCGGGGCGCCGGAGGUCCCCUCGGACAACUACAGCCGAGUGAAAGGCGUGAGCGGCGAGGACAUCCUCCUGGAGAAAGAGCCGGUCCUGCCGUGCCGGGAUGCUCAGAUCCAGCAGAUCAGCAUGGCAAGCGACUACAGCAGGGUCGCAGAGGUGAACAGUGACACCACGGUGCUGCUGCAGAAGCUCCGCCCCUCGGCUGACCCCUCCUGUAAGGAGAAGCAGCUCCGUGAUGCGGAAUGGAAGGUUUGCAGAAAAGGAAAGCCUUCCGGGACUGAAUCCAGCGAAGGACCAUGCACGCCGCUGGUUGGAAGCGGAUACGUGGACUCUGUGCUAAAUUUCACUGUGAAGUGAUUUGUCGUCAUGACAACAAACAUCACGUUUUUUUGUUUGGCUUUUGAUCACUGAUGGACUCUUGGAUAAAGACGUUCAAAGACGCCAGCAUGAACCUCCAGAGUAGAAUUUAUAAUUUAUGUUGCCUCGAUCAGAAUAGAAGUGACUGACGAUCAUCCGACUGCAGACACGGAUGAACGGAUCUCCAGGAGGUUCAUUCUCAGACGGAUCUCCAGGAGGUUUAUUCUCAGACGGAUCUCCAGGAGGUUCAUUCUCAGACGGAUCUCCAGGAGGUUUAUCCGUCUAAUUGCUUGUUUCGCUCGUAAUCACCGCAUUGUUGUGACAUUUUCAGCGUUUGUUUCAAAGAUCAGCUGUAGAGACAGCAGCUGACCGUGGCUUUAAGCGCUCACACGUUUGACGUGUCCUUCAUGUGACGUCACGCCUCCUCCUCCUCCGCUUCCUCCUCCUCCUCGCUGUUGUAGCUCGUGAUGUUACCUCCCCAGGUAUGUCAGGCUUUGGCUGUGCGGUUUGGAAGUCCUUCUUCUCCUUUGAACGACCUCGUGGGUGAUUAAAUCUUUACAAUCCA